AGAUCUCACCUCUGGGAAAGUCCACGCCGUGCCUGGCAACGAAGCAACCCCUCUGUCCUCUCUCUUGGCUGCCUUCGGAAGCUAAGCCAUCUGCGGCCGUAUCGCGGGCUAGGCAGCAUCAAUCGUUCCAUCUCAAGCUCCAUCCGUCCGCCUUGUCCAGACAUACUGUGGUAACAAUACCACAUGGACCGCGAAAGUAAUGCUAAACACAGUGUCCUGGAGCUCAUGCUACUCGAUGCAAGUGCAGAACCGAUGGAUCUGCCUCUAUCACUUCUGGAAGACAUCACAAAUGGUUUCUCUCAUGAUCAGCAAAUUGGCAGUGGUGGGUUUGCAGUGCUUUAUAAGGGAAUACUCGGGAAAGUGACGAUUGCCGUGAAAAAACUGUCAAAAACAUUCGAUAAUCACGAGAAACAAUUCCAUGAAGAGGUUAGCUGUCUGAUGAAGGCGAAGCACAAAAAUAUAGUUCGAUUUCUGGGGUACUGUUCUGACACACGAGGCAAAAUGGUAGCCUUUGAGGGAAAGCUUGUCAUGGCAGAUGUUCGGCAAAGGUUGCUCUGCUUCGAGUAUCUACCUAGAGGGAGCCUUGAUAAGUAUAUCGCUGGAUCAUCUUAUGUACUUCAAUGGAAAGAGAGCUAUCAGAUCAUCAAAGAAAUCUGUGAAGGGCUACAUUAUCUCCAUGUGGAGCGGCGUAUAGUCCAUUUAGAUCUUAAGCCUACAAAUAUAUUGUUGGAUUGUAAUAUGGUUCCGAAAAUUGCUGAUUUCGGUCUCUCAAGGCGAUUCUGUGAAAAGCAAAGCCAAAUUCUUACUGCAGAAGUGAAGGGUACUUUGGGAUACAUGGCACCAGAGUUUGUAAAUAAUGGACAAAUUACAUUCAAGUCGGACAUAUAUAGUCUUGGCAUUAUAAUCACAGAGAUACUGACGAGGCAGAGGGGAUAUCGUGAUGUUGAGGAUGUACUUGAUAUCUGGAGGAAUAGGUUGCAGGAAUCACAGAGAGAGAUACAUUUGGAACAAGUACGAGUAUGCACUGAGAUAGCGAAAGAGUGCUCUGAUUAUAACCCAGCAAAUAGGCCAGCUAUACAAGAUAUAAUUAAUAGGCUUGAUGAAACAGAAAGUGUGGGUGGGUCCAUUGAAACUCGUGGGAGUACUUUAUCAGUAGCGCAGGAAGAAAAGGACCCCAGUGAGCAGCAUCAGUGGACACCUAAGGUACCAGGAGAGGCAAGCGACGAGGACUGUCGAAUGGAGGUGGGCACAAUUUUGAUGAAGCGCUAUGAAAUUGGGAGACUUAUAGCACAAGGGGACCUGGCCAAGGUAUAUUAUGCUCAGAAUCUCACAAGUGAACAAGAUGUUGCAAUAAAGAUGAUUGAUAAGGACAAGGUCUCAAGCGUUGAGCUGAUGGUGCGUAUAAAGAGGGAGAUGACACUAAUGAAUCUGUUAGGACAUCCAAACGUCCUGAAACUUGUUGAGGUUAUGGCUAGCAAGAGCAAGCUUUAUUUUGUUUUGGAGUAUCCUAAAGGAGGAGACCUUUCCACCAAAAUUGUCACUGGAGGGUUACAUGAGGAUGCUGCGAGGAAGUACUUCCGUCAGUUGAUUAGUGCCGUGGAGUACUGCCAUAGCCAAGGUGUUUAUCAUCGCAACUUGAAUCUAGAAAACAUACUCUUGGACGAGAAUGGCAACUUAAAAAUCUCUGAUUUUGGUCUAAGUGUCCUACCUGGAUCCAGGGAAGAUGGCCUCUUCCAUUAUCCCUGUGGAACUCCAGCUUAUGUUGCUCCUGAAGUGCUUAGUUGGAGAGGCUAUGCUGGUGCAAAGGUUGACAUAUGGUCCUGCGGAGUAAUUCUAUUUGUGCUGGUGGCUGGUUACCUUCCUUUCCAAGGUACAGAUGCUACAGAUUUGUUUAAUAAAAUUUCCUUAGGGAAGUAUGAAUGCCCUUCUUGGAUUUCUGUUAAGCUGAAAGAUAUACUAUGUAAGAUUCUUGAUCUAGAUCCAAGCACCAGGGCUUCUGUUUCAAGCAUAAAGGCAAGCGCUUGGUACAGAAAUCACAUUGAGGUAAAGGCUUGCAAAGGUGAAGCCACAACCUCUGAAACGACAGAGUGCAGUAUGUUAUCAAAGGGAAAGACAAAAUGCAGUAAUUCAGUGGGGAAUCAAGCGCCAUCAAGCUUCACACACUCGAAUGCAGUUGGCGUCAUUUCUCUCUCAGUGAAAUUUUACCUAUCCAAUUUGUCUGAGAAAAAGUAUGGACUGUGGGAGAACAAAUUUACCGCUAGGCUGCCAGCAGAAACUUUAUUUGCCAGGAUAAAUGAAUUGGCCGAGCAGUUGAAGCUCAAAGUUAAAAAGAAAGAAAACGGUAUUCUGAAAUUGGUAGCAUCAGAGGAAGGAAUGGGGAGACUUGAGCUUGACGCAGAGGUCUUUGAGCUUGCGCCUUCUUUUCUAUUAGUUGAAAUAAAAAUAACAAACGGAGAUAAAGAGUAUGAACUACAGAUGAAAGUGAAAGAUGCAGUAAGGCUUAUAUUCAAGGAUAUGGUUUGGGCUUGGCAAGAUGAUUCGCACUCGCAACAACCACAAUUUACAUUGUUUAGGUAGAAGUGAGGCACCUACGUAGACAUAAACCAUGUUUGUGCUGACUUUCAACAAAACUUUAUUGAUUUCUGGGAAUUUCAGUCAUUUCAGUAAUACGCACGAACUCAAAUAAAUUUCAAAAAUUCUGUCAGAAUUU